AUGUUUGAUCAAACAAAUGAGCUGGUCAGGAGUUUCCGUAGAGUUGGCAGGGAGGUCCAGGAUCCAGUUAAUCACAAUUUGCGGCUAAGGAUAACAGGUGCUCGCGAAGAAACAAACCGACAGUACGCUCUACCCACUGGUUCGGAUAUAGAGGGACUACAACGCAUAAACUGCCUUAAUCCAAAGUUCCAUGCUCUGCAAUUCCCUAUCCUUUUCCCCUACGGGGAGGACGGCUUCCACUUGGGUAUAAAGUAUAAUCCUGUCCAUGCCUCGGCCAAUUCAAAAAGGAAGAAUGUAACUGAACGAGAGUUCCACGCAUUUCGACUACAACACCGUGCCAGUGAAGGACAGUCUUUGAUGCGUGGGGGCAAGGCUCUACAGCAUUACUGCGUAGAUGCAUUUUCGACUAUUGAGCAGAAUCGGUUAAAGUUCCUAAGGCUUAACCAACCGCUCCUGCGUGCUGAACUCUACAAAGGAAACGAGGUGGGAACGAUUUUGCCAGCAACAUAUACAGGUGGCCCUCGGUACAUGAAGCAUCAGUAUCUUGAUGCCAUGGCCAUCUGCAGGCGCAUAGGAAAUCCGGACCUGUUCAUCACAUUUACAUGCAAUGCACAGUGGCCUGAAAUAACCCAAGCCUUUCAGACAGUAUGGCUGCAUGAGAAUGCCAAACUUAGAACUGUCGAAUCCAUCGACUCGGUUAUCUCUGCCGAGCUCCCAGAUCCACAAAAAGACCCUCUUGGCUAUGCAGCGGUCACAAAAUUCAUGCUUCAUGGACCCUGCGGUCAGUGCAACCAAAAAUCUCCGUGCAUGGUCGAUGGAAAAUGCAAGAAAUUUUUCCCAAAACCUUUCAACUCGACGACUACUUAUGAUCACAAUGGCUACAUUGUUUACCGCCGCAGAGAUCAUGGCCAGACUUUUGACAAGGGCAAUGGCAUCCUUGAUAAUCGACAUGUUGUGCCAUACAAUCGAAACCUGCUGGUGAUGUUCCAGGCUCACAUAAAUGUUGAGAUCUGCCACAAAGGAAGACUUAUCAAGUAUUUGUUCAAGUAUGUGACAAAAGGGCCCGAUCGUGCAACAGGCUUACAGUCAGUUCUAGAGGAUCCAGAAAAGGCAAAGACUAUGUUGACAGAAUACUUCACUCUCAAUCGUGUCGAUCCGGAGGCUAGAUCAAUACCAUACGCAGAUAUCCCAUCUCACUACACAUUCCAUUUACGACCAAAACAUUGGGCGAGACGAAAGCAGGGUAAUGUUAUCGGUCGCAUUGUUUUUAUCCCGCCCGGGACAACGGAUGUAUAUUUUCUUCGUCUGUUGCUUACAAAGAUCAGCGGUGCUACGAGCUUUGAGGAUCUCAUGACUGUUGAUGGAUACCUAUGUAAAGACUAUGAAGAUGCAUGCCUCAGGCGUGGUUUUUUGAGCGAUGAUGAUGAAUCUCAGGCAGCUAUAGGGGAGGUUGGACAGUGGGGAAUGCCGACCUUGCUUAGAUCUCUGUUUGUCUUACUUUUGUUGCAUUCAGAGGUUGCUGACCCGCGAAAGUUGUUUGAAGAUAAUUGGAAACUUCUUGCAGAUGAUCUAUGUUAUCAAACCCGCAGAGCUCUGGACCUACAGUACUUUCAACCACCGCCUGAAUUCCUACGCAGUGAGGUCUUGAAGCACAUUGAAACUCUUUUGCAUGCCCAUUCUAAGGAGCUUGCCAACUAUAAUCUGCCACUUCCAGUCAGAGACAGCGGCGAAUUGCUUGGGAACAGGCUGGUUUGUGAGCACCUUAACUAUGACCUAUGCAUGCAACAACGCACAGCAGACGGGAUCUUUGCAACACUCAACAGUGAACAAAUUGAAGCCUAUCACAAUGUUAUGGAAUCUGUCAACAGUGGGGUGGGAAGGUUUUACUUUCUAUAUGGACAUGGUGGUACAGGAAAGACUUAUUUGUACAACACAAUAGUGGCAAAACUUCGCAGUCAGCAAAAGAUAGUACUGGUUGUGGCCUCAUCAGGCAUAGCGGCGACACUACUCCCAGAUGGAUCAACUGGUCAUUCAAGGUUUAAAAUUCCAAUUGACAUAGAUGGUUCUUCCACCUGCAGAGUAAAGAGAGGUACUCACUUGGCAGAGUUGUUGCAACGAACCUCACUCAUUGUUUGGGACGAGGCUCCCAUGACUCAUCGGUUUUGUUUUGAGGCUCUUAGCAAGACACUGUGCGACAUCAUGGAUGUGCCAUUAGCUGGUCAAUCCUACAAACCAUUUGGUGGGAAAACGAUCCUCAUGGGUGGGGACUUUCGUCAAAUUCUGCCGGUCGUGGCUGGGGGAGGCCGGGAAGCAACUUUGAAUGCAUCAAUUGUGCGCUCUCCCCUGUGGACGCAUUGCCACCUGCUCUUUUUGCACCAAAACAUGCGCAUCAAUCAUGAUGUUGUCAAUACCAAGAUGAUAUUCAGUGGAAUGACAUUCCCACAAUGGGUGCUUGCCAUUGGAGAUGGGCUCGCACCAGUGAAGUGCCUCGGUGAAAAUGCCGAACUCGCACGGAUCGAAAUUCCGCAGUACCUCAUCCUUCCACCAAAUGGCACAUCAAUUCAGCCAAUCAUUGAUUUUGUCUUCCAUGGACUACUUGAUCUAUACAGGUCAGUUUCCUUUCUUAAAAAUCGUGCUAUAGUUACACCAACAAACGAAACUGUUUCUGCGAUUAAUUCUGCAGUGCUGUCACGUAUUCCUGAAGAAACAAAGGUGUAUUACAGCAUAGAUAGUUUGUGCACUGAAUCCACUGAUAGUUCUGACCUUGACAGCCUCUACCCCAUAGAAUUUUUAAACUCAUUGUCUUUCAAUGGGUUACCUGAGCAUGAGCUUACUCUCAAACUGUACGCACCCAUCAUGCUGCUCCGGAAUAUAGAUCCACCUGCUGGAUUGUGCAAUGGAACGCGAUUGAUGGUUACACAUCUUGGGAAUAAUGUUGUCAAGGGACUCAUACUAACUGGCACAUACGAGGGAAAGACAGUUGCUAUCCCGAGAAUUGCUCUGAAUUUCAGUGAACAUAAAUGGCCUUUUACAAUGAAACGACGGCAGUUUCCAAUCCGCCUAUGCUACGCCAUGACGAUAAACAAAAGCCAGGGCCAGACUCUAGAAAGAGCGGGAGUCUUCCUUCCCAAACCUGUAUUCAGCCAUGGUCAGUUAUACGUGGCUGUCUCCCGAGUUCGAUCAGCUGAGGGACUGCGCUUCCUCAUUCACAAUGAGGACGGGUGCGAUGCAACAUGCACCAAAAAUGUUGUUUACACGGAAUUGUUUGCCGAGCUAUCCAUGUCAGGUAAUAUCUACUCAUUCGUUACUAAAAUAUUACCAGCCUACCCAAAGUGA